AUGGCCAAAGGAAAUCAUUCAGCCGUGACUGAGUUUAUUCUCUUAGGACUGACAGAUGAUCCAGAAUUUCAGGUCAUUCUUUUUGUGAUCCUUCUAACCAUCUACUUAUUUACUGUAAUGAGUAAUCUUGGAUUGAUUUUGCUAAUCCAAAUCAGUCCCCAGCUUCAAUCACCUAUGUAUUUUUUCCUAAGUCAUCUGGCUUUUGUUGAUUUUUGUUACACUUCCUGUGUCACCCCAAACGCUCUGGUUAAUAGUUUGUGUGAAGUUAAAAGCAUAUCAUUCUAUGGAUGUGCUGCUCAAGUGUGUUUCUUUGUCACAUUUUCAGUGUGUGAAGUUUCCCUGCUCUCUAUAAUGGCCUAUGAUAGGUAUGUGGCUAUUUGCAAUCCUUUACUCUAUGUAGUUCUCAUGCCUAGGAAACUCUGCUUUCAAAUAGUCACUUGCACAUACAUCUAUGGAUUUUUCAUGGGACUUAUACAAGCAGUGACUACGUUUCUUUUGUCUUUUUGUGACUCCAACAUGGUCAACCAGUUCUUCUGUGAUGAUAUUCCCUUGAUUGCUCUGGCUUGUUCUGACACCCAAGUCAAAGAGUUGAUGUUGCUGACCAUGGCUGGGUUCAAUGUGUGUUGCUCUCUUCUCAUCGUUCUCAUUUCAUACAUGUUCAUUCUAUCUGCAAUACUGAAGAAACACUCGGUUGAAGGAAGACAGAAAGUCUUUUCCACCUGUGCUUCUCACUUGUCUUCUAUUGCUAUAUACUAUGGAACUAUCAUUUUUAUGUACUUACAACCUAAAUCUAGCCAUUCCCUGAGUACAGACAAAUUUGCUGCAGUUUUCUAUGUAGUAGUGAUCCCCAUGCUGAAUCCUUUGAUUUACAGUUUACGAAAUAAAGAGGUAAAAAAUGCUCUAAAGAGACGUAUAGAGAGGUUCCUUUGA